AUGAAGGUCCCCAGAGAGAACAUCAAGUCCACCGGGCUGAACGUGAUUUACGAGCCAGACGUUCGCACUGAUGUGAAUCUCGACAUCGUUUUCGUCCACGGGCUGGGAGGCCACGCGGUGAGGACAUGGCUUCACACGCCAGCCCGCACGGUCCCGGCCAAAGAGCCGGUAUCGACAGAUGUCGCUCCGUCACAGGAGCAGCCAGCGCGAGCCAUGUCCAUGAAGUAUUUGACGUCUCCAAACCAGAAGAAAGGUAACACGCUGAGGAAGCCCCGUACCGGCGAGGCAUCGCCGCGAUUACGAGUGUUUGGCUCGCCGUUCCGCCCGCGAUCGGUAGACCUCUCGGAAGGCCUUGGGAGAUCUAGAGAGGAGAUUACGGUUUCGAGGUCAAUCAGGGCCCCCAGGCAAGGUUCCCGCCGUGAACGUCGCGCCCCAGCGCCAAGGAGACCGGUUUUCGAGGAAUGGGCCGACGAAGAGGACGAGAUCGACGGGAUGAGAGGCCGAGGAACUUUCUGGCCUUCCGACCUGCUCCCGGACUUAUGCAGCGAUGCGAGGGUGUUUACCUGGGGAUUCCAGACCCGCAAGGCCGACGGGCAGCUCGUUCCGGGGCAGCUGGAUAUUUUCAGCCGAGGGAGGGAACUGCUCAGCGAUGUGCACGACUUGCUCGCUUCGUACGGUGAACAUGGCCAGCGUCGAGAGGUGGUCUUCGUAGCCCACAGCACGGGCGGGAUAAUUAUGCUGCGUCUCGCCUACGCGUACGAAGACACCCACUGCGAGCCCUUACUUGCAUCGAUAGCAGGUAUAGUCUUCAUCGGCUGCCCGAUGAGGGAUUCAGCUAGUGGUACCAUAGUAGAGGCCAUGAAGAGCAUGGCAGCCGCGGCGAUCGGUGUCGAGAUGCACGACCAUUUUCUCCAGGAACUUCUCGGCGGAGAGACAUCCCUAGCUUACGAGGGCCGUGAUGCAUUUGAGGAGAUACGGCGAGAAUACGGGUUCCAGGUGAGGAUCUAUCGAGAGACCAUCGUCAUUCCGCCCGUGGACGACACAUUAUGGCCAUGGGUAGCUCUGGCACUCCGUCGCGACUCGGAAUUGUUGGAGAGUGCAGCGGAGAACACCGAGUAUAUCGAAGCGGACCACCUGAGCAUGUGCAGAUUCCCGUCGUCGGGGCAUGAUGGCUAUCGCUCCAUCUCUUCGUUCCUCCUCAGGCUGGUGCACCAUCAGCUGCUUAGAAAGCACCACUUGACACCGGAAGAGAAAGUCGCCCUGCAAUCACUCUCAGCACCUGGGAGCACAAUAAGUCAGCCUUUCGAAGCGCCAACACCACCUUUACUUUCUCCUGAUGUGCCCACUCGUAAAACACCACCCUGGAUUCUCAAACAUCCAGCCUUCGAAUCGUGGUACCACCGCAAGAACCCUCAAGACCGCCACAAACUCCUCUGGCUGCACGGUCCGGCAGCGUGCGGCAAGUCUGAGCUCCUCUCGUCCAUUAUCUCGCACAUCGCGACCGAGUGGUCGCCUGCAACCCACAGCAGCGCCAUCAUCACCGCCGUCGCAGAGGGCCAACCACUGCUCGAGUGGGUGAUCCAAAAGUCAGACGGGGCAGAUAACCAAAUACACAAUCGACACAGCUAUAUCACCACACCUCCGGAAUACACGGACAAAAGCGGCAGCCGUACCACCACCACCAGCAGCAGUGCCACCACCACCACGCCCACGAGUGGCCCGACACAUGAAACAGCCACCCCCCUGCGUGCCAUUCUGCAGCAGCUGUGGGCGCACGACCCGCGGCUGCGGAACCUAGUGGGUGGGCAGGCCAAGGCAUCAUCCCUGCUGGGCAAGGGCGCAGAUUCAUGCGGCGGGCCAGCCAGGACGCACAGUGACGCCGGGGCCCAGCAGCCGCGGCCGCAGGCGUCCAAAGUCUAUUCUCGGCGGCCGAACAGUGGUCCCGGCGACGGGCAUGGUGCUGUUACUUAUAAUAAUAAAGAGGGCAGUAGUAGUCAGGGGGCCCAGCUAUUCCGGGCACAGCUCGGUGAUGCCGGCGACGCUAAGGAGGGAGACCGGACUGCAAUUGAGAAGCACAGCACUGGUGAUGAUAAUGAUGAUGAUGACCACUCCUGCAGCCCCGAACAGAGGUACCUCGACGACGCGCGCGUCGUCUCGUUCUUCCUGGAGGACUACCUGCGACUCGAACUGCCCCAGACCCGAGCACAGGCCAGCGAGGAGGGCAGCCGUGCGGCGGGAGUGAAAGCCAAAGCUUCAGCCGAGGAGGAGGAGGAGGGCGACAACAAUAGCGAUCACCCCAGCGCUGCUGCCGCCGACCUCCCACUAGAUACGGCCCCUACAAAACCAGCGGCGGUCGUCCGCACCCCAGGCACGCGGCGCAUCUUCGUCUUCGUCGACAUCGCGCCCACGACCACCAGCGCCACCGUGCGCGACCUCCUGUGGUGCCUGAGCCAGCUCGCCCGGCGCAGCACCACGCUGAGCAUCUGCGUCGCGUCGGCGCACGCCCCCAGCAGCAGCAUGGCCGUCAAGUACAAGGACGCACGCGCGGACGCGUACGCCGCCGCCAGCGGGCUGCGCAGCCCGCUCAGCGAAAAUGCGUCGGUGGACGAGGACACGAUGCUGACGGUGGACGUGCCCCGGUCCAACGCCGAGGACGUCGCGGACUACAUCGAGGCGAACCUGCUCCCGGACAUUGAGGACCGGGCCAUUCUGGCGAUGAAGCUGGCCGAGAGGUCGCGCGGCGUCAUGUUCUGGCUCGAGCACGCGGUUGCCAUCGUCAACGACGCCAGCGAGGACGGCGUCUCGGGGGAGAUUGUGUGCAGCAUGCUGGACGACAUUGCGCCUGCGUCGAGGAACGACUCACUGGCAGCAGGGUCGAACCCCACGCCGCCGUCUUCGAGGGGCCGCAGCGGAUCGUCGUCGUCGGCUAUGGCUUUUAGUUCAGACCCUGGCCAGGCGAGGCUGGACGACUUGUAUGCUUGGAAGCUGCGGCGGCUGAGCGUGGGCGAGGCGAGGGCUGCGCUGGUGCUGAUGCAGUGGGUUAUGCUUGCUCCUGAGGCGCUGCGGCUGAAUGAGCUGCUGGUCGCGAUACGGCUGACCAUGUUGGUCUGGCCACAGAAUGGUGGUGAGGCUUAUGGUCAAGGCGGAGACUUGGGAGUGAAAGCACUCGACAUCGAGCCACCGAUGAGCCUGAGGGACCUGCGACGAAGGCCAACCGGAGGAGCAGAGGACGUGCCGGCAGAUAGCCCAUCACAAUUUUGGAGAUGGGCGCGACGAAUAUCGCAAGGGCUGGUGAAGCUCGAAAGCGAGACGAGGAGCACGACCAACAGCAGCAACAGCAAGGUCUCAUCCGAGCCACUGGGCCUGCAACGCGUACUCCCAGCCCACGAGUCGGUGCGACGGUUCUUCCUCGAAGGACGAGGCUUCCAGAUCCUCACACCACCACCGCCCCCAUCAUCAUCAUCAUCGAGCAAGACAAAACCCCUUCCACCACCAACACCAGACCACCUCAUCGACACAGCCUACUACGCCCUGCUACACACAUGCCUAGUCUACCUAAACAUGACCGACUUCGACUCCCUAAGCCGCACAACCGCACACUCCCGCACCCCCUCCCAAGCCCAACUGACCACACCCUCUUCCGAGCCCCCCUCCGAGGCAGAAGAAGAAUCCACCCGCCUGCACAGGCGCAACACCGAAGCCCAGCGCGCCCUCGUGACGUCCUCGUACCCGCUACUCCGAUACACAGUCGACAACCUAACCUUCCACCUGCUCCGGCCGCGCGCCCUGCGCUACUUCCCCCCGCAGGCCCGCCUGCUGCACCUGCUGACCGCCAACGGGUGCCGCAUCUGGCGGCGGUGGACGCGGCUGCUCGGCGUGCCGGACAGCGACGGUGCGAUAUCCUCAACCACACUAACAACCACAUCCGCAGCAGACGCCCCAGCCGCGGUGCUAGAGAAGGCGCGCGCCCGCCCCAGCGCCGCCGCCCUGCUGCGCCCCGUGUACGGCGCGGCGUUCCGGCUGGAGCGGGUCCUGCGGCGCGCGAGCAAGACGGCGCGGGAGCAGACUGCGCAGGCGGCGCGGGCGAGGAUGCGCGCGAGGAUGCAGAGGCAGCGGAGCGCGCGGAGCUUGAAGGGUGGUGGCGGUGGUGGUGGUGGUGGUGACAGGGCGCCUCCUACGCCUAGGACGCCGACGCGGCCGGCGAUGGUGCGGUCCGCGAGCGAGUCGAGCGUGGUGUUUGCGCUGAUGGGCGGAGGGGACGAUACAGGGCCCAAGGCGCAGUGGUUGGUGCCCAGGAGCCCGCGGUCGCCGAGGGUCAGGAGUGAUUCGCUUGGUUCGCUCGGGUCGUCGCCGAUGUCGAACCCGGCGUCUCCUGUGAUGCUUGUUGGGAUUCAGGAGGUUUGA